AUGUCAAGCUUUGCUGCAGUGGACGAAUUGACAGAGUCUGGGGAUGAGGGUGGUGAGAACCUUGGCAAGUCCACGCCAAGACUUUCUGUGCCUCAAGCCAGCUCACGGCGCAAGAGUUCAAAGCGAAAACGGGAGGAGGCGUCCGCAUGCUUCAAGAAGCAGCUGUCCAGCGAGGAUUCUUUGCGCAAUUUGCUAGCAAAGGCUUGUGUUCAAUGCAACCACCGGUGCUUGGAGAAGUUCAAGUCAUUGUCCAAGUUCAAAGAGCUGAAAGAAUUUCGGGAUGACUGGGUAGGACUUGACAAGCUGGAUCAGGACCAGCUGGCCUUUGAUAGAAUUCGAGGGAUCCUGGAAGAACCUCGGGAUGAGGGUGUGCCUCCAAGGUGGACUAUCCUUAAUGUGCAGGUUUGCUUGCGUGCUUGGAAGCGGUUACAUGCCUUAGGUAGCCACCGAUUCGGCAAACUACGGGAAGCUGUGGAAGCUGGACGGCAGGGUCCACCGUGUGAUAUGCGGUACUUGCGUGCCCCCAAAGCUGACAUGACAGGCGAGAGCAGCAAGGGUCGGGUUGUGACGUUUUUGGAACAAAUUUACACAUCACAGGCUGAGACCCUGCCAGACUUCCGAGAUACUUUGGGUGACUCCGAUCUAUCUCAUGGAUAUGAACUUGAUGUCACUGUGAAGCACCAGUUCCAUGACGCUUAUGGAGAAAACGUGGGCAAGUCCGGCGAGAAUAAGAAGACCAAGUGUCGCCAAACCUUCCGUUCGAUUAGAAUAAACCCAGAAAAGUUGAAGAAUCAAGAAGUGCGACACUUGCCGCCUGGUUCCAUGAAAGACAUAUAUGAGCAGUUUUGCAUUUCUGAGCCUGAAGGGGCGAAGGUUGGCUUUGCCACGUUCUGGCGAACGUGGCGGUCCGAGUUUCCGAAUCUUCGGUUUCGCCCAUACAGCAGUCAUGCGAUUUGCAACGAAUGCAUCCAACACAAACUCCUUGUCAAGGACCUCUCCCACCACAUAAAGGCUCGAAGCGCGCAACAGGCGCUGUACGUUCAGCACCUGGACGCGCAAUAUCAGGACCGACUAUCGUACUGGAAGUCACGAUCCUUGUCUCGGAUGCAGAGUGGCGAGUUGGUGACAAUAAUCGACAGCAUGGAUCAAGCGAAGUUUGCAUUUCCAAGAAGCAGCCUGUUCCGCACCAAGGACUUGAACAAAUGUCAGAGGGGGCGGGCACACGUGACAGCGGCCAUUUGUCAUGGUUUCAACACCUUACUGACAAUCAGCCCACCAGAGCUACCAAAGGAUGCCACGACGAUGAUCGAAAUUCUUGCCCACAGCAUGACAUUGGCCCAGAGACAAGGGGCGCAGCUGGAUCAAUUGUGCUAUGUGGUGCAGUUGCAGAAGCAAAAUAAUGCUCGAGAAGGUGCAGACUAUGUUGUGGGGGCUCGGAAGGACAUGGCGCUUCAAGCUGCUGCAUUAGCCUGGAGUCAGGGCGUUCCAUGGGCUGAGGCUUUGCUUGAUGGACGAGAAGUGUUGGAUCCGAGGUGCUGCUACCUCAUGAUCAAGGUGGCGGUGGUGCUGUCAGUCAAUAAGCAGGAUGUUUCGCUCCUUGCCGAGGUUUGCAAGAGGGACCCGGACAGUGCCGAAAACGUCCGUGAGACAUGUACCAAGCUGCUGCGAUUCGGAAUAUCAGGAAUUGGCGAGUCAGUGAUAGAUCUGGGCGUGGUCUUGACACAGGCACGGGUCAAGGCCCGAGAUGGUUCGUGGGACGAUGUGGCCACCAUUUCGUUGGCAAGCCUCGGGGUAACUCCUGUGCCAGGGAGGUUUUUAACCAACAGUGCCAUCCCUGGCACAGAGCGGAUAGCAGUGACAGCUCCAGACAGUGCUUUCAUGGACUCAGAGUACAAGGGUUUGCCGCGAUUUGCUGGGCCCAUUCAGUGUGGCUUAUGUGAAGGGCUGGAGGAGAUCCGUAGCAUGUUUGAUAUGCUUGGAGGCGAUCAGGUGCCUUCAGGCAUCAGCCUAGCCAGCACCGCAACGAGAAAGGCUCCAAACGCAUUCAACUUCCUGAGACAAUUGGAGAUCAUUCAGCGAGCCACCAAGCAGAGCGCUGAAGCUGCGUUUGAGGUGAAGCUUUUCCUCUCGCGGCUGAUUGCGGACUGGGACAGGAAGCCUCCUGAAUUGAGGACACAGUGGCUGUACAAGGACGCAGUAGCUCUUCACUCUGCAAGUGGCUUCUUUGUAUAUCUCAUGAACGAGCUUGAAAAGAAGGUGCCAAAGAGUGACUUUUUGAACGCAAAGGUCAAUCUGGAGGCCCAAUUCAUGAGUGGGUUCCAAGAUCCGGAGAUUCUUCAUUUGCUGCAAUCCACUGUUCCGCCAGUCAACCUGCGGGAUGUUUCCUUUGUGCAGAAUGUGGUGGUGGCGGUGGAAGCACGGGUGCAGAAAGAAGUGGAAACCAAGAAUGCAGAGCUGGCUGCAAAGGUUCACGCAGCAACACUUGAGCAGAUCCGGCAUCAAGUGAACAAAGACCUUGAUGUGUUACGGGCACGCCUCCAAGGGAAAGAACAAGAGGCCUUGGAAUCGAUGAAGGAUCAAGCCUACCUCAGGGAGAAGGGGCAAGCUUUCACCCAGCAAUGGAUGGAGGACAAUUGCAAAUUGAUUCGGGUUGACCAGUCCAUGAACAAUGCCAUGCCAGAGGUUGGGCGCUUCCUCUCCAAGGUCAGCAGCAAGCGAACGCUGGUUUUGGCCAUGGCAGAUUGCUCAGUGUGGCCUUCUAACGCGACCUAUCUCCAGAAUGCCCUCAAUGUUGUGAAGUCUAUUGCGAACCUCGGGCCCACCAAUGCUGCAUUCGCAUUGCUCCCAUUGCAACAUGCUGCCAUCCAUUGGCAAGCGUUGCUUAAGCACAGAAGAUCAUUGGAAGACAGUCUGGCCAGUGGAGGCUUGGAUGUCCUCAACACCGUUUCCGUGAUGUUCUCCAAGCCCAAUUCGGCUGGCAACGACAAGCGCAGACCUUGUCAGCAAGCCAUCUUCUCCACUACAUCCAGCACCCAGACUGAGAACGUUUGGACUUCCUCGAGUGGGUGGGUGUCUCAAGCAAUUGGUCCAGUUCCACUGGUCAAAAUUGCUGAGAUGAUUGGCUAUGAUGCAGAGGCACUCUUCAAAGGUGUUCCUUUCCUCCCAGACGACACCGUGGUGCUUCUUGACGUGAUCCCAAACAAGCACUGCGAACUGGGUCGGGCAGUUGUUCAGCGACUUCUUGUUGACAAGAAUCGGGACCCUGCGCUGGUGUACUGUGGGCUCAUGUUUGAGAAGGACGGCCAGGAGGCAGAUGCGGCUCUCCAGAAGAUCAUCUAUGAUUUGUGGGACGCUGAUCCAGAGUCGCCUCCCAAGCGGCGCGAGCGUGAGGAUUUGCCAGACCCUCAUUUAGAGGUUUUGGCAUGGUCCAAUGGAGUCUGCCGCUUUCCGGAGAGUCUCUUCAACAAGUUCACCCCUGGCACCAAGAGUUACGUGGAACUCACCGAGUUGAAGGAGGAGGUGUUGAAGGUUUGCCCCGAAGCAGCGCAGGCAGAGACAGGUCCAAGUGGUGUCUCCACAGCGCCGCGUGCUGGUGGAAAGCCAGACUUCACCAUUGAGGGAGGGAAGGAGCCCCUUGAUGUUACCAGGGAUGUGGAUCUGCCUAUUAUCAGCGCCGCAGACUUCAACUUUCCCAGGGGCAGGCCAUCGUUGUUUGUCACCCCAUCCAUGGAGAUGUUCAUUGGGAACCCUACGAAUGAGAAAAUGACCUUGAGUGGAUGUGAGAUUUGUGGAUUCAACACUGGCACUUUUGAGGAGAAGAUCGUGACUAACAUGGGUGAGUCAGAGACCGCCUGUUUGCCCUGGCGGUUGCCCGAUGACUUGGCUUUGGUAUUGAACUCUGAGCGCAAGCUGUUGAGCUUGGCGGACUUCAUUCACCAAGCAGUGACCGUGAAUGGCCUGGCUGAGUUUGAACUUCGUGACCAUAUCUUGACUCCAAAGCAACUUCCACCAGCGUCAGAUGGAGCUGACCCAAAGAUUGUGCCCUACCGGUAUGAUGUGAGCGCCCCACCGAGCGGAAAGUCGAACUGCUUCCGACCUGCGCCGUUGGGGGAGGAUCCUACUUUGAGAUACAGAUCUGGCUCAAUCGGCUUGUUGGACGACAGUAUCAUUGUCAUUGUGUCAGGAGCUGGGCUGGGCAUGAUGGCAGAUAGUGAGGCACCAGCGGGUGAGGCACCAGCGGCGAUUGAAGAUCCCGAGCCAAUUCCUGUAGAGUCAAGUGCUAUGGAUGUUCCCCCAGCUGACUUGCCAGAGUCAGAGGGGGAACAGGAGCAGGAGGAGAGUGAAGAUUCGAAAGCAGUAGAUUGA